AAGAUCGAGAUGAAGUCUCAAGUCCGCAACCGUCGACCGCCUCUUCGUGCUCCUCCUCUUCGAUUUCUUGCAAUCGACGCCGCCGUCGUUCCGCCCAAAUCACGUCAACGACGAACUUUCACGUCAUCUACGCCGAUCGCAUUCAUCAUUGCAGCAAGCAAGACGUCUCGAUUCUCCAGCGUGUCCUCUCUCUCUUAUUUUAUCCUGAAACCUAUCGCCUGAUCCAUCUGUCCUCCGAUUGUUGUAUUUUUUUUUUUUUUUUUUUUUGCGAAGAAUCGAUUUCGUAGUUGAGGCGAUUGUUUCUUUCUUUGAUGGGAGCGAAAUGCGCCAAGGGAUUCUCGCAGGAGACGGAUUCUCGUAGCUACGCCCAGUCCCGGCAAGUGACUCAGUAUCGAAAUUCGAACAGCAGCCACCACUCCGCUCCUGCUGCCGUUCGAUCGAAUGAUCCGCGGCCGAGGAUUGAACGGAGGUAUUCGCGAAUAAGCGACAACUACGAGACUUUGGAGCAGGUUACCGAAGCGCUAGCAGAGUCUGGCCUUGAGUCCUCUAAUUUAAUUGUAGGCAUUGAUUUCACAAAGAGCAAUGAGUGGACAGGCAAAUUCUCAUUUGGUGGCCGUAGCUUGCAUCACAUUGGAGAUACAACACCGAAUCCUUAUGAACAAGCAAUCUCCAUUAUUGGACGAACCUUAUCAGCAUUUGACGAAGACAACUUGAUUCCUUGCUUUGGGUUUGGAGAUGCAUCCACGCAUGAUCAAGAUGUUUUUAGUUUUUAUCCAAAUGAGCAACCUUGUAAUGGUUUUGAAAAUACUCUGGCACGAUACAAAGAACUACUACCUCAUCUGAGAUUGGCUGGUCCGACCUCUUUUGCACCAAUUAUUGAAAUGGCUAUGACUAUUGUGGAACAGACUGGUGGUCAGUACCAUGUUUUAUUGAUAAUUGCUGAUGGACAGGUUACAAGGAGUGUAGAUACCCAAUUUGGUCACUUUGGUUCUCAAGAGCAGAAAACUAUAGAUGCUAUUGUCCGAGCAAGUGAAUUUCCAUUGUCAAUAAUCUUAGUUGGAGUUGGAGACGGUCCUUGGGACAUGAUGAAAGAAUUUGACGAUAACAUACCUGCCCGUUCCUAUGACAAUUUCCAGUUUGUCAAUUUUACUGAGAUAAUGGCAAAGAAUAUACCUCUAGCAAGAAAAGAGGCAGCAUUUUCUCUCGCAGCAUUAAUGGAGAUACCUUCUCAAUAUAAAGCAACUAUAGACAUGGGGAUAUUGGGUUGUCGAACAGGGAAGUCUCCUCGAAGGGUACCUCUUCUUCCCCCCACUGGAAAAAGCAAAUCUUCUUUUGGAUAUGAUAGCUCCAAGUCAUCGAAUUUCCAUCAGGGUUCAUCACCCUAUUCUGGUUAUAGAGCAGAAACCAGUGCACGAACUGCACCAACAUCGGCCUUCGAAAUUGAGAUUUGUCCAAUUUGUUUGUCUAAUCCAAAAGACAUGGUCUUCGGCUGUGGGCACCAGACAUGUUCCGCCUGUGGCCCAAGUCUUCAGUCAUGCCCUCUUUGCCGUACUGAAAUCCAGACUAGAAUAAAGCUCUACUGAUCAAGGUGAAAAGCCUUGCGGCAGGCCUUCCUAUGGAGGUCUUGUUGCAAGACAAUGCAUAAGACAUAGUAGUCUGACUAGUGUCAUUUUGUGUUUGAAAUUUUUGUUUAUUUUUUGGUGUUGCUAGGUUUAGACAUUCUUUUGAGGAAAAUUUGAUUAAUUCAUUGUCAAUCUUGAUUGACAU